CAAGAUACAAUCGUCAACCACCAGCUCCGCUACUAUAUUUCCGCUACAUCACACGCGCCUGCACCACAAUGCCAGCCCGCAAGAAACUCAUCGUCAAACUCAAGCUGGCCCCGAAGACACUCCGAUCAUUAGAGCCAGAACACAAACCAUCUGCUUCUGAGCAAGCGUCCUCCCCAGAGCCUUCAUCCAAUCCAAUCAUAUCGACUGCGCCUUCUCCUUCAGACGCUCUCGCGAAGUCCGAGAACGCAACCCCAAUUCCAAAUGACCCUUCAGCCGCCGCGACGCCAGUUGGUGCGUCAGAAUCAACGCCAGCGCCAUCAUCGCUUCAAGUCCCAUCCAACCCUCUACAGAAGAAGCCCGGCAGGCCAGGACCAAAGCCCGGCACGAAGCGCGGGUCGCAGCUGAUGGACAAUGGUCAGCCAAAGCCGCGAGGCAAGCCAGGACCGAAGAAGAAACCAAGACUUGACGAUGCGGCCGCAACAUCAACGCCAUUUUCCACUGGUCCGGCGAUAAAUGUCCCCAAACUUGGUCCAAAGGCCAAUCUCGGCGCCAUAAAUGCUGGUCUGCGAGCACUGGACCGCACCGGCAAACCCACGCGGAGAUGGACGAAGCAGCCUUUCGAACUGAAAUCAUUCACAGGUGUCAAAUAUACAGUCAACGUAUGGCGAGCGCCGCGGAAAUCCAUCGUGGCAGAUAUCGAUGGCUCAAAUAACGAGAAUGUGGGAGUGAAGGAUGAGGAGGGUGUAGAUAAGACUGAGGUGGACGGAGAUACAACGAUGGUCGAUGUGUCAGAAAUUGCAUGAUAGGCCAAGGGCGUUGGGUGUUGUAUUUCAUAUGGGUAUAUGCUGAAUUGGAAUGGAGUCUGGGGUAUCGAUACACUCACAGGAUAUGGUAGGUUGUCACAGACCUAGGCUUGGGAAUGAAUUAUACGGUGGUUUUCAAUCAGGCGCUUGGGUGGAAAAUUGCAUGCUAGGUGCGCUAUUAUGGAACUGCUUUGUUAAAACACAUCACCUCCGACUUCUCACAUUGCAUUCCGUUAUGUAUUAGUCGCUUAGUUUUCAAGAUUCUGUCAACGUUGCCGUCUUUCAACUGCAUAGUUCAGGUGUUAUGUCAGUCCUAGCGACAGGAAUCUCAAUUUAGCCUCUUGCAUAAAUUGACCUUCCAUAUCCCCGCCAUUUCGUGUGCGUCUCUUGGUAUAGCCCAUGAUCUAGCUAGUUUAGAGCGAUAUGUUCAAUCGUCGG